UAUGGGAGUAAAACAACAACAUCCCUUUUAUCAUAUUAUUAUGCACCAUAGUCUUAUCUCUAACAUCGACGCACCCGUUUCUCAUAACGCCAUAAAAAACGUUAUCAUUAUUUACAUUCUAAGUAAUGAGAUUGUGGUUAUCAGGGACUACUACAUAGUUUGAUUUCGUAGACCCUUAUCGGUGUAAAAUGAGAUGCAACGACAGCUGAUUGCGUUUUGGUGGAUAAUUAACUGAGAUAGGCCGUUAUUCAGCUUCUAAUCAUAUCUAUGUAAUCUAUACUAACAUGAUUCAGUUAAAUAUAUUCGAAGUACUGUAAGUAUUAAGUAGGUACUCGUACUUAUAGUGAAAUGGUUUCAACUAUGUAUGAUAGUUGGGUGCUGUCUGUGGCAAUUGAACUAAUUUAUGUUAUACAGGUGAAACUAAAUAAAACCUUGUAAAAAGCUUCGCUAUCUAACGGGACGGGCGUGUACAAUACCAAUAUUUUACCGGCAAUUUUAUUUGUUAGAUAAUAAGUACUUAUUAAUCUACUCUAUCGCAUCGGGGUAACCUGUAAUGUAAGAGAAAUCUAAGCACAACAUAAUCGUGCAAGGGAAGGAAAACUUUGAAACUUAAAAAAAACAACCUAGCCUGCAUAGCUACCUUCUGUGCCUUCACUGCAUGGAAAGAUGUGCCUAGCAGUGGAACUCCUAUGGGUUGAGGAUACAUAACUAUUAUUUUUGUGUCACAGUUAGGUACACGUAAAUCCGCUCUACUAUUAAGAUUUUAGGUGGGUAAAUAAAACCAGUUAAAAAUAGUAGACUCGUGUUCAUUGGAAAUCGUUUAAAGAAAAUAUGAAUAUCAAUAUUAUCUAACUAAACAUCAUGUUUUAAUUUGAAUGAAAUUUCGUAUGACAAUUACUCAUAUCCAUAUGAAUGAUGGUUAAAUUCUGUUGAAUUUAAUAUUUUCAGUUUAACCGUGUAACCACCAGGAUGUGGGCAAUAAUCGUUGUAAUAAUUUUGAUUUAUUUUUUCUUAAAUAUAAGAGUGAAUAGACCAAACUUAUACCCCCCAGGACCUAAAAUACUGCCAAUUGUAGGUAAUCUUUUGUCGGUUUUAUUUGAGUUAAAGAAAGUGAAAUAUCACCAUAGCGUGUGGAAGUCUUGGUCUCACCGUUACGGGAACUUGCUGGGUCUAAGACUUGGCGUCGUAAACGUCGUGGUUGUGUUUGGCAAAGAUUUGAUCAAGGAUGUCAUAGCGCGAGAUGUAUUUGACGGACGGCCCGACGGCUUUUUGUACACGAUGCGGUCUUUUGGGAAAAAACUUGGUAUUGUUUUCAAUGACGGCUCAUCCUGGAGUAAAACCAGACGAGUAGCGCUGAAGUUCCUGAAAGGCUUCGGCUACGGCUCCAGACAGAUGGAACUCCAUAUCGCCGAAGAAUGUCAAACUCUAGUGGAUAGGCUACAAAAAAUCCGCGCACCAGUUCCAGUCAAUGGCAUGUUUGACAUUUCCAUCAUCAAUAUCGUAUGGCGGUUUGUAGCGGGGAAAAGAUACGAACUCGAUGAUGAACGUCUCAAAAACCUCUGUGAUUUGAUCAAUCGGUGUUUCAAAGUGGCGGAUAUGAGCGGUGGAGUGUUAACUUCUAUGCCUUACCUGAGGCACGUCAUUCCAGACUUCAUAGGGUACACCGAAAUGACCGCAGUGCAUCGGGCUCUUCACCAGUUUCUAAGAGAAAUUAUAGAUGAACACAAGGAAAGCCUGGACUUAACUAACCCUAGAGACGUGAUCGAUGCCUUUUUAAUAGAAAUGCACAAUAAAAGUGAAACGUUUUGUGAAGAAGAUCUGCAAGUGGUAUGUUUAGACAUGUUAGAGGCUGGCGUAGAGACGGUGAACAAUACAGCUGUGUUUAUGCUUCUCUACCUGAUUCACAACGAUGCUAUUCAGAUACGAUUGCAGAACGAGAUUGACGAGGUGGUUGGCAAGAAUAGGGCUCCGGCGCUAAGCGACAGAAAAAGAAUGGUAUACGCCGAAGCUGUGAUAAUGGAAUCUUUGCGAAUGGCCAGCAUCGCGCCCGUUGGUAUACCGCACAUGGCGUUGGCGGAAGCAAAGCUUGGCGACUACAUUAUACCCAAGGGCACUUUCGUUCUGCUGGCUCUACAUGACCUCCACCACGGCAGCCAUUGGAAGGACCCCGAAGUGUUCCAGCCAGAACGGUUUCUUACGAAGGAAGGGAACCUCAUGCAGGACGAGUGGUUCAUGCCGUUUGGUGCUGGUAAGAGACGAUGUAUCGGCGAAGGUUUGGCCCGAUCGGAGCUGUUCAUGUUCUUGACCCAUAUUCUGCAAAGGUUCAAUUUAAAACUACCUCCUGGUGAAUCGAUGCCUUCAAUCGAACCCGUAGAUGGCCUUACUCUCUCAGCGAAACCUUUUAAAAUUAAUUUUGAACCAAGAUUUUAGUUAGAACAGCAUAAUUAUACUUCAAAUCGAAUAAAAAAUUAAAAAUGUGUCAAAAAUUUUAAUUUUAGCUUUUGAUUUUGUAUUUAAAAUCUACAUAAAAAAAGACAUGCAAACAUCUGACAUAUAGAGUCUAGAUCUAGGAUGUGUUAGAACAGGCUUUUGAUAGUCUAAUGGUUGAUCUUCGUAAUCUAAUGCAAUCAUAACAUGAAGGUAGGUAAUAAAUAGUAAAUGGGAUCGAGUUACAUAUCAAAAAGCUUUAAAUUAUUUA